AUGUCUUCUUCUGGGCUAAAUGGAAGGGAGAAUGAGGAUUCCUUGCCUCCCCCACCACCUGUUAUCCCAUCAGAUGUUGUGCCUGUCAAAGUAGAGCCUGAAAAGAAAAAGGUUUUGAGGCUCCCAAUAGCCAGGCAUGGCCUUGCUUCUAAAGGGACGAAGUUGCUACUUCAAACCAAUCACUUCAGAGUGAAUGUUGGAAACACUGAUGGUCACUUUUUUCAGUAUAGUGUAUCUCUUUCUUAUGAAGAUGGACGUCCUGUAGAGGGCAAGGGUGUAGGGAGGAAGGUGCUAGAGAAGGUGCACGAGACAUAUGAUUCUGAAUUGAACGGGAAGGAUUUUGCUUAUGAUGGGGAAAAAACUCUUUUUACACUUGGAUCUCUUGCUCGCAACCAUCUUGAGUUUACUGUUGUUCUGGAGGAUGUUGUUUCUACUAGCAGAAAUAAUGGGAAUGUCAGUCUUGAUGGAAUUGAAGAAUCAAGUGAGAGUGACAAGAAGAGGAUGAGGCGCCAAAAUAGAGCCAAAACGUUUAAAGUUGAGAUCAGUUUUGCUUCAAAGAUUCCUUUGCAGGCCAUUGUCAAUGCUCUCCGUGGGCAGGAUUCUGAUAAUUAUCAAGAAGCAAUAAGAGUUCUUGAUAUUAUUCUGAGGCAGCAUGCUGCCAAACAAGGCUGUUUGCUUGUGCGCCAGUCAUUCUUCCAUAAUGAUCCGAAGAAUUUUACUGAUGGUGAGGCACUUGUUAUGGGGUAUGACGACAUGGGGUAUAAACUAUGGAAACCAUAUCUUAGAGCAGUUAUGGAACGGGACAUGAAAUUUGUUAGUGAAGGAAAUAAAAGCAAAGCUGAAGUUUUGGCAACUAGCUUGCAACUGAUGGAAGCUUGUUUCCUAGAUAGUUUCAAAUAG